AUGCCGAUGAUGGUAUUCCCACCAACAGACGACGCCGAUGGUGGUACUCCCGCCAAUAUAAAGCUUCUAGAACAGAUGACGCCGACAGAUCCCUUGGUGGUGCUCUCUCUACCACCAAGUGUUUGUUUCCCCCUGGGGAGUGAACAAAACCUAUCGACGGGGCAAGGGGAAGAAGAUGGCAGCCCAGCCAGUGACAUAAUGGUGGUGGAAAACAGUGAUGAAGGAGAAGCAGAGGAUUCGGCCAGUGAUCUUUUUCUAUAUGACGAAGAGAGUCCACACAGGCUCCUACAGGGGAUUAAUGAUCAUGGAGGGGAUAUUGGUUUAGUGAUUGGAGAAGUGAACAUGGAGGGGCAGAAGGAGUUUAGGGUGCAGAACCCAAUACCUCUGAACCCUAAUGGGGCCUCAGGAGGAGUGUUGGUGAUGUGGGACCAGCGGGUGGUGGAGAAACUAGAGGAGUUCGUCGGGAUGUUUACAGUAGCAUGUUCUUUUAGGAGUGUGAUCGAUGGGUAUAUGUGGGCCUUUGCAGGUGUAUAUGGCCCUAAUAUAGACAGAGAUCAUAGAUUACUAUGGGAUGAACUAGCUGGGCUACACAGCUGGUGGGAUCUCCCUUGGUGCAUUGAUGGUGAUUUUAAUGUAACAAGAUUCACAAGCGAGUGUUUUGGAAACAGAAGAAUGCGCCCAACAAUGUCCGAUUUCUCGGAAUGCAUUUUUGAGUUGAACCUAGAAGACCUUCCAUUGAAGGCUUUGUGGAUAGGGUCGGACAGUGGUGGUCUUCAUACUAGACAGGGUAUGCCAAGUUUCAUUUUUGCUAGAAAACUAAAGGCUCUAAAGCAAGAUUUAAAGCUUUGGAACAUGCAGUCCUUUGGUAAUAUUGGGAAGCUCAAGAAAAUCAAGCAAAGGGAGAUACAUGAGCUAGAAAGGUUACAAGAGUCAAGGCCUUUGAAUCUGGAGGAAUUAGCUCAAAAGUUAGCAUUGAUCGUAGAGCUCGAGAGGAUCAUCCUACUAGAAGAGAUUUCGUGGAGGCAGAAGUCUAGAGAGUUAUGGUUGAAGAAAGGUGAUCGUAGCACAAAGUCUUUUUACAAGGCAGCUAAUUCUCACAGGAGAUCCAACAACAUUGAGAUAUUGAAGAUUGAUGGUGCAGAUUGCAAGGAUGUACAGGUGAUUAACAAUCAUGUGGUUAGUUUUUUUGAACAGCUUCUCUCUGAGCAGGAGGGGUGGAGGCCUAAGCUAGAGGGGUUGGCUUUUGAUUCCAUUAGGCCUUUGGAAGCCAAUCGUCUAGAGAGGUCGUUUGAAGAGGAGGAUGUGCUAGAAGUGGUAAGGAAAAUGGCUAAAGACAAGGCUCUGAGUCCUGAUGGUUUCUCUAUGGGAUUCUUCCAAACUUGUUGGGAGGUCUUAAAAGAUGACCUUAUGAAGUUUCGAGUUUUGAAGGCACUCCUACUUUGCUUUGAGGUAGUUUCAGGUUUGAAAGUGAAUCUGGACAAAUCAGAGAUGGUGCCUAUUGGUGGUGUUCAGAGUUUAAGGCAAUUGGCUAAUACUUUGGGGUGUAAGACUACUACACUCCCUAUGACAUAUCUAGGCCUAACAUUGGGGGCCCCCUUGAGAGCAGUUGCGCUUUGGGAUACAAUGAUUGAGAAAGUCGAGCGACGAUUAGCAAGCUGGAAGAGAAUGUACCUUUCAAAAAGGAGUAGGAUUACGCUAAUUAAGAGUACUAUUUCUAACCUACCAACUUACUUUCUGUCCCUAUUUCCUAUUCCAGCAAGGGUGACACUUCGCAUUAAGAAAUUACAACGGGACUUCUUGUGGGGUGGAAUAGGAGAGGAGUUCAAGUUUCAUCUAAUUAGAUGGGAACAGGUGUGUAGGCCUAUCUCGAAUGGGGGAUUGGGCAUUAGAAAGCUGAGAAUCUUUAAUCGGGCAUUACUUGGAAAGUGGUUAUGGAGAUAUUAUAGAGAACAAAAGCCCUCUGGAAGUUGGUGA